AUGAACAUUUUGAACAAUGUGGAUGGAUCUGCCAAAUGGGAGCAAGGAACAAGUGUGAUUUGCUCGGUCACGGGUCCCAUAGAAACUCGGCGACGGACAGAUGAACCUACACUAGCUCAGGUGGAGCUGGUGAUUCGUCCUGCUAUUGGACAGGCCACAACCCGGGAGACACUGAUUAAGGAUCGAAUCUACAGUGUUUUGGCCGCCACAGUGGUGCGAAACUUGUACCCUCGCAUGUUGCUUCAGAUUGUGAUUCAGAUUCUUGAACAGGGUGAAGGAACCGGAUACAACGUGCUCAAGCUAGCGGCAUGUCUGAACGCCGUGUGUCUGGCAUUGAUUGACAGCAGAACGCCCAUGACUGGUCUUUUUACAGCAGUCGCCAUUGCCAUUGUCGACGAUAAGCUCAUUUUGCAUCCCACUCGAAAACAGGUGUCUCAGUCGACGUCUACACAUGCUGUUUCGUAUUUCGUGGAGAACAACAAGGCCACGGGUCUGUUGAUGUGUGAGAGUGAAGGUGAGUUCACCGAGAACCAACUGUUUGAGGUGCUUGAGCAGGCCGCACGUGCAUGUGAAGACGUGGCUCUGGAUAUGAGAGAGCGGAUUGAGAAGGGUGUUAAGGAGGGCCUUCGAAUUGAUGCUGGGCAGGAGUAA